AUCGCAAUCCCUUGGUGUCUAACGGUCGCAUGAUUGAUCCACAAUGGUGCAGAUCUGGAGCUAUGGAUUCAUGUGCUUAUGUGAUACUUCUAGGUACGUGUAUCGACGGUACUCGGAUCUGAAGCUGUACCUUUACUGAGUACAUUUACAUACUGUAUCCUUCACACCUGGUUACCGAAGGAUCAUUCUGGGGUGAGGCCCAGACUAGUGCGGGGUUCAUGUAUGCGUCGGUCGCGAGCAGUCGUCUAUUACCUUACUGUAAGCCUUGGCUUCCAAUCGUGUACUACCAUCACCACGUCCAUGAGGAUAGACCAAUGUAUAAAAUGCAAAGUUACAUGAUUGUCGUCCUCGUUUCUUUUGCCAUUGCUAUUGGCUGAAAGUCAAUCAGUCAACAUCCCUCCUCCGAAAACAUGUUCGAAAGCGCCGUGACACACGAGACUGAGCGUUCGCCUAUCCUGAACCACACCGCCGACUACUUCUGCAACGUGGAUGGCGUCGCUCUAGAAAGUGCUGCAGAUUUUGGGACUGUACAAAUGCCAAGUCAAUUACUUGACUGUGACUUCUCCGCGCUAGACGGUUAUCCCUCAAAUCCAGCUGCAACACAGUGGCCCAUGUUGAGUCCCUUAUCGAUGCUUCAUUCCACAGAAAGUUCAACGCACUCGAACAUGUUGGCUGAGGUAGUUCCCGAAGCCUCGCUGAGAUCCGGUACAUCCCGUAGCAACGAGCCUAACAUACAGAAGGGCAAUCAACCCCGCAAGCAGAAUGGAAGUCAGAGACGUCAUUACGCAGUGGAGAAACGCUAUCGAUCUACCCUGGAUAGCAAGUAUGCGGCUCUCGCCCGGACGCUGUCGAGCGAGGCCGCGCAACGAAUUUGUCGAACCGAUUCACAGGAAUGGACAGUACAACUGGACAGACCUCCUUACUCUGGACCUAAUGAUGAGCCAGCGACGACGGGUAGCCGACAACGCAAGACGGCCACGCUCUCUGUGACAAUCGAGACCAUCAACAUACUGACCAGGUGCUGCCGCCGGGAAGCCAUGAAACUGAAACAGUUGCAGUGUGAUGUUCAGGAUAUGCGCAAUCGUAUGCAACAGAUGAUAAAGGCGAACGCACCAGUGAGUCGCGAGCAACCACAAAAACAACAAGACCAACAACAGGAACAACAACAUGAACAACAACAGGAACAACAGCACAGUGGCGUAUAGCUGUAUGGACCAAUGUCUGUAAAACAAGCAAUGCAUUACCAGAACUCAACGUAGCCAAUAGCUUGUUUGUUGGAGAAGACACUGAUGGCAUAGCCUAACGUUAAUCAGAACCGGCCCUCACCUCCACGGUCAAUCGAGUCAGCUAGCCUUGACUGAUGUUAGAGAUUUGCCCUACGGACGGGUUUAAGGACGCGCACGUGUCAGCGGUUAGGAAUGAGAACCCCUGCUAACAAGAAUUGGCCGGGCAGUGUGCGUGUAUAACUAUGUGGACAUUUCAUGCACAAUAACUGUACUUUCUUGAAAAACAACAGCAGUCCUAGCAAGGUAGACGUACAGUAUUAGAAACACAAUACCAUACUUUCUUUUUUCUCCUU